UGUGGCGGUGCCAACUCUCUUUAAUCGCGGGAAAUCUGGAGCAGAGCAAGAGCAGACGAUCUACGAUGAAGCCGCAAAGAAAGCAUCGAAGGCGACACUGCGAUCAGAGGGUGCCGUCUUCUCCAGACAAGGAACAAAUGAAGAAGUUACUUCACUCCCAAAAAGAAAGGGCAAGGCACAGGCGAGUCAUGGCGCAGCUGGCCACACUUUUUGAGAUGGUACCCCUCAACCACGAAGGGAAAAGCAGCAAGGCUGCCAAAUUCAAGCAAACCCUCUGCUACCUCCGGCACCUUGAACGCAGCAUCCAGGCUGAGUGCAGUGCGCGGCCACUUCCCAUCCCGCCCCGCUGCAAUCUGCUCACGAACGACGACGGUCAACGGCAGGGUCUCGCCGUAAACAGUUGCAGCUGGGAGGUACCACCCAAGGAGCUGGACUCUGCUAUCAAGGCCCUGGAGGAUGCUGCGGUCGUCCCCGACAUGGAGAUCGCGCUAAUGACCGAAGGCCUUAGGGACGACGCCGGCGAAUGGGAGAUAUACGGAAUAUCCCAAGAGGAUUGGACGGUGGCCGGUCCGUCGCAGGAUGCUCCAAAAUGUCAGACGGAGGUUGUGCAGACGUCGUACGUCGACGUUGUCUGCGACCCGGAACUGCCUGUGCCCCUUCUAAUCUCUCCCGAGGUGUUUGUGGUGUCGACGGACGGUACGGUCACCUCUGUGGGGGAACAAGUGUUGCUGUGAUGUCCGCACAUUCAUCAUCGUAUUGACUGAUCUAAUUUCUUGUCUUAAAUUUUGUCCACUCUUAAAUUGUUCCUUUCAUGGAGGUUUUCUACAACAGCGUGUCGUCUUGGUUGUUUUUGAUAAUUUUUUUUUUUGGAUUGACGAGGUGCUAUAGUGUGUUUGCAAGGUGUUUACUACUUAGUGGGCUGUGAUAGUUGCUACUUGCCUUCUCCACUGUAUAUGCAACUAAGGAGUUGUGUAUAUACCUUUUAAAAGCUUAAUAUAUAUAAGGGCUCAAACCUUUUUUUUUUUUUUUAGGGUUUCUAGUCAUGUAACAAAGCAUUUAUAUUGCUUCAAAAUGUGCCUAUAGAUGCAUGGUCAUAUAUUUGAAUAUGUGUCCUUGUUGUUUUGUAGCGAUAUUUUUUCUUAAAAAUAUUUCCUAAUCGGCGGCAUCACUAGGGUCAGCGGCACCCAGUCCAAUACUCCCCCCCCCCUACCCCCUCGCCCUUCCCUAGUGAUGCCACUGUUCCUAAUGGCGUAGAUAAAGGUGUGUUAUUUAUCUUUAUCUUGCAAUAGUUGUUAUAGAUUCCAAUCUAACGCAACCCGUGUGAAGUUUAUAUACAUCUAUAUGCCCACAAGGCACACAUUCUAAAUAUGUAUGUAUCAGUGCAAUUUUUGGCAAUAAAUGUUUGCUCUGACAAUUGGUUGCCUUAUAUGUGCGUUGCAAAAUUACUGUUGAUGCAUUUAGU